AUGCUUGGAAAAAGUGGUCAGUUUUUCGGCCUCCGCGGCGUCAAGUUACAGAUUGCUGUUGGAAUGCUGGCUGGGAUGGACUUUUUGCUCUUUGGAUACGAUCAAGGUGUCACCGGAGGUCUUCUCACGUUGGAAUCUUUCCGAAGCCAGUUCCCGACCAUCGACCCUUUGCAAGAUGGCAUUACGGACACCGAAUCCAGUAAUCGAUCAACAUACCAGGGUAUUACAGUUGCGAGUUAUAACGUCGGGUGUUUCCUUGGCGCUGUAUCAUGUAUCUGGAUUGGCAACCCUCUCGGUAGAAGGAAGACUAUUUUCCUCGGUACGGCAAUUAUGGUCAUCGGUGCUAUCCUCCAAGCAUCUGCCUUCUCUGUUGCACAAUUCAUCAUUGGUCGUAUCAUCACUGGUUUCGGAAACGGACUCAACACUUCUACCGUGCCCACAUGGCAAUCCGAAUGCUCAAGGUCGCAUCGCCGUGGACAGCUGGUCAUGAUCGAAGGGGCUUUGAUUACAGGAGGCGUCAUGAUCGCAUAUUGGCUAGACUUUGGCUUUUACUUCUUGGACCCCAAUCCUGUUGCCUGGAGAUUUCCACUCGCGUUCCAGAUUUUCUUUUGUAUCAUCAUUCUAGCAUUCGUCAUGAGUCUACCCGAAUCUCCUCGAUGGCUUAUCCUCAAAGGCAAAGACGAGCAAGCAGUGCACGUUCUCGCAGCGCUAAACGACCGCCUGGUAGACAGCGAAUACGCCCACGACGAGUAUACAGCCAUCAAAGACACAGUCCUCGAAAUGCAAAAGGGCUCUUUCAAGGACUUGUUUACCAUGGGACCAGAUCGCCACUUCCAUCGCACAGUCCUGGCAUACGUGAACCAGAUGUUCCAACAAAUUUCGGGAAUUAAUAUCAUCACUUACUACAUCCCAAAUGUGUUGGAGAAUCAGGUGGGAUUGAGUCCUACCUUAGCAAAACUGAUCGCUGCUUGUAAUGGGACCGAAUAUUUCCUCGCUUCAUGGAUUGCUGUUUUUGCCGUCGAAAGACUUGGAAGAAGACAACUUAUGCUGUUCGGUGCUGCCGGCAUGUCGCUGUCCAUGGUCGCACUGGCAAUUUGCGACUCCGUUGGAAGCGCGGCUGCAAUCGGACAGACUGUGUUCUUAUUUGUUUUCAACACAUUCUUUGCAAUUGGAUGGUUGGGCAUGACAUGGCUCUACCCCGCUGAGAUUGUACCAUUGAAGAUUCGUGCACCUGCGAACGCGCUUUCGACGUCUGGAAACUAG